UUGAUGGAAAUUGGUCCUGAAAAAGUUGUUCAAGUUGUUACAGAUAAUGCAUCAAAUAAUGUUGCAGCAGGGAGAAUAUUGGAAGCAAAUUUUUCUCAUCUAUACUGGACUCCAUGUGCAGCUCAUUGUAUAGAUUUGAUGUUGGAGGAUAUCUUUAAGAUCCGUGUUUUCAAAAAAACAUUCCGCAAAGCUGUUGAGCUUACUGGUUUCACAUAUGGCUCUUCAGGAGUUCUAAAUAUGUUGCGGAAGUUUACUAAUGGAGUAGAAUUGCUAAGGCCAGGGCAAACUAGAUUUGCUACUGCUUUUAUUACACUGGGAAGGAUUCAUCUUCAGAAAGCCAACAUUAGAAAAAUGUUUACUUUGGAAAGUUGGACAACUAGUAAAUGGGCUAAAGAGGUGAAAGGCAAAAAGUGUGAAAGGACGGUUUUGAGUCCUACCUUCUGAAAUCAUGUUGUUUAUGCUCUUAAGGUUUCCGGUCCUCUUGUUCGUGUGCUUCGACUUGUUGAUAAUGAAAAAAAACCAGCUAUGGGAUAUAUUUAUGAAGCCAUGGAUAGGACUAAAGAAGCCAUUGCCAACUGACUCAAUGGCAAUGAAGAGAAAUACAAGAGCAUUUUUUAGAUUAUUGAUGCGAGAUGAUCACUUCAAUUGCAUCGUCCUUUGCAUGCUGCUGGAUACUUUUUGAAUCCUGAAUUUUUUUAUCCAAAUAAGAUGAGAAUUGAAUCUGAUGAAGAGGUCAAUACAGGAUUGCUUUCAUGCAUUCAUAAAAUGGAAAAAAAUUCAGCAAAAGUUGAUAUGAUUCUUGAUGAAAUUGAGAAAUACAAAGCAGCUG